AGCCGACGGCUCCGGUGACGGAGAAGCCGACGGCUCCGGUCAUGACGAGGCCUCCAAAGAUAAGAUAGAGAAACGAGGCCCGGCAAAGAAGUUGAGCAAAAAAGACCACUUCACAAUUGAAGCUAUAUCACCGGAAGGCCAACCGGUGGUACCCGCGAGUGUCGGAGUGACAUUCAAAAAUCAGUGCGGAGUUGUGGUUAGAGAUCGUAUCCCGAUCACUGUCAGAGAAUGGAACAAGACCAAGAAUGUGACCGAAAAUCAGGUUGCCGAUAGGUACAAAGACACACUUUUCAGCGACCUCAUGGCACAUUUCACUUUGCCAGAUUUGGGAUCGGAGUCUGAGAAUGCUAAGCAGCGGGCGCUAGUGAAGAAAUGGGCUCUUAAGAAGAUGGGGGAACUUUUCCGGGCGUAUAAGAACCGGUUAUGGCAAAAUUAUAAGAAAGACAAGAAGCCUCCAUUAUUCGAGAACUACCUAGCGAAGCAGGAGCAUAACUGGGAAGAAUUUGUGAGGUACAAAGAAUCAGAGGAGGCUGUGAACCUGUCAACGAAAAACAAGAAGAAUGCAAGCUUAAAGGAAUAUCACCAUCAUACGGGGCGAGGGGGCUACGGAGGGGCCAUGCCUAAGUGGGAUGCACAAGAGGCUGAGAUGGAGCUGAAGGGGAUCACUCCAGAACCCACGCGAGAAGGAUGGGACACUAGGGCUCGAAAUUGGUUCCUCGCGCAUGGCUGUGAGUAUGACAUGAAGACAGGGAACAUUGUUGAAACUGACACCAGGGUUAGGGUACCCAGGCAAAAAUGGAUUGAAAUGACGGCAGAUAUAAAUGCGGGAAAACUUAAGUUUGCUCCCGAUAGAGAGAAAGAUUUGCUGACGCUUGUCCUCGGUAAUCCUGAGAAGGGAGGACGAACAAGAGGCUUCGGCCCUAGUGUUCCAUGGUCGCUUGGGUUUCCGGCCGACGCGGAGACUUAUAGAAGCCGAGCGAGAGCUAAACAACGCCAGCUGGAGGUGCAGAAUGACCGGAUGGCCGAGUUCCAACGCCGACUUGACCAGCAGUAGCGGGAGCUUCAGCAGCAGCAGCGGGAGAUAAAUGAACUAAAAGGACAGCGCCCGCCAGAUAAUACCGUUGACAUAUCUCAGCGACGAGACAGCAGCGUGGCCGACUCGGAGGCCCCUCCUACACGGAUGAUGAUAGAUGCCAGUCCUG